AGGGACGAGGAACACCGCGAGUGGUACUUGGAGCUGAUGAUCGUCCAGGCCUGGAGAACAGAUGUGGAGGGCGAUCUUCUCGGUUUCCUCUUUGGAUCGGUACGGCCCGACCAUCGCCAACUGAUCGCGCAAGAGCUCACGGUCCCCCUUGCGCAGUUGGCUGACGAUCUCCCCCUUGAGAUUGUCUCGCAUAGUGACGAGAGCCUGGUCCCGCACGUCCUCACAAGGACCUUGACGUCGUACCUUCAGUGGUCAGCGUGCCUGGAGGAGCCAGGAAGCGGACGCAACCCGCCAUCGCAGCGGGAUUAUCUGAGCCCACGGGAAAUCAUCGAUCUCGCCUUCUUCCAGGACCGAGCGGCCUCCGAAGACGAAGAGGUAGCAAUCGAAGAAGAAAGCGCUGACGAAGAAGAAGAAGCCGCGGGAGAGGACGAAGAGGAAGAAACCCUAGAGGAAGGCAGUUACAGUGAGCACGGCGAAGGAGAGCAAAGUGAGGAGGAGGAAGAAGAAGAGGACGAAGAAGAAGAGCUAGAGCUGGAAGAGUCUGAGUGGGAGAUCUCGGCGGAGGAAGUGGAGCAGGCGGACACUCAGGUGGAAGACCUCGAGGCGGCGCGCAAGAGAGAGGAGAUCGCAGUCGGAAAAUGACAGCUGGAAUUCGCCAGCGGGGCCAAUCCGCAAAUCGCCGACGAUCCGGCCCGCGAUCCCGAGGCGCCCAAGCCCGA